CUUUAGGAACAAAGCCCCAGUAACCAAACAUCAAUAGCAAUGAUGCAAGAGCCUCAAGAAAUGGUGGAAGAGACAGUUACUGUGGAGGAAGACCCAGGCACUCCCACUUCCCAUGUGUCUGUUGUCACUUCUGAAGAUGGAACCACAAGGAGAACUGAAACCAAGGUUACCAAAAUGGUCAAAACAGUCACCACUAGAACAGUGCGGCAGGUGCCACUUGGGCCUGAUGGUCUGCCAUCAAUGGAUGGCUCGUCUCCCAUGGGCAGCUACACAGAUUCAAUAGACAGAAGGUACAUGAAGAAUGGGGAGCGGUACAUCACACCACAAGCAUCAUCAACGUUAACCAGAUCUUACAACAACUACAACGAUUCUUACCCUGAAAACCACGAAGGCCAGUAUCGCCCUUAUAUCAGUCAUGAUGGUUAUGGAGAUCUAUCAGAUAACUACGGCAGUUUGUCUCGUGGUGUCAACUACCGUCCUCGUUAUGCCUACGUGCCAGGAAACACUUACAGGCCAGAUGAUGGUAGCUUCACUUUGCCAAGUAGAAGGGAUAACUAUGGUACUGUUGCCCAGCCUCAGGUGCCAGUGGGUAGCAACAUUGACUUAAACCGUUCCCAGCCAGAACGCUUCCAGCCAGAGCCCUAUGGACUGGAAGAUGAUAACCGCAGCCUUGGAGUAGAUGAUGAAGGGUAUGAACUGGAUCCUGAUUACUCCACUGUGAACCGGAGGACAUCUGCAGGUGUGCCGGAGAGAGGAAGACCUCACAAAGGAAGGGGCUACGAUGACCCCAUUGAGACAGAAGUGGUUGAAGAGCGGAUCCCUUACCUUCAUGGUGGCUACGCAGCACCACUGGCACAGCCAGAGAGAGGAAGCAUGGCUAGUAUUGACCGUCUGGGGAAGCGCUCCCCCUCUAUUGACAGCAUUCGUAAAGACCCCAGGUGGAGGGACCCUGACCUCCCUGAAGUAAUUGCCAUGCUCAGCCACCCUAUUGAUCCAGUCAAGUCUAACGCCGCAGCCUACUUGCAGCACUUGUGCUACGAGAAUGAUAAAAUCAAAAAGGACGUGAGGCACCUUAAAGGGAUACCUAUCUUGGUGGGCCUACUUGAUCAUCCAAAGCCGGAGGUCCAUCGUAAAGCCUGUGGGGCUCUCAGAAACAUCUCCUAUGGGAAGGAUAAUGAAAACAAGGUGGCUAUAAAGAACUGUGAUGGGAUCCCUGCAUUGAUCAGACUAUUGCGAAAAACAAAUGACAUGGAAGUCAGAGAGCUAAUUACAGGCACGCUGUGGAAUUUAUCGUCCUACGAGCCCCUGAAGAUGGUCAUCAUCAACCAUGGUCUGCAGACGCUUACCAAUGAGGUCAUUAUACCCCAUUCAGGUUGGGAGAGUGAGCCAAAUGAGGACUCUAAGCCUCGUGAUGCUGAGUGGACAACUGUCUUCAAGAACACUUCUGGUUGCUUACGGAAUGUAAGUUCGGAUGGAGCAGAAGCACGCAGAAGACUGAGAGAGUGUGAUGGCUUGGUGGAUGCCCUCCUUCAUGCUCUACAGUCUGCAGUUGGCAAGAAGGAUACAGACAAUAAGUCUGUGGAGAACUGCGUGUGCAUCAUGCGGAACCUUUCCUAUCAUGUCCACAAAGAGGUCCCCGGAGCUGAUAGGUACCAAGAACUGGAUGCCAGUCAGACUGCAAGCAUGGGAGGCUCUCAGAAGAAGAAGAAAGAUGAUGCUGGUUGUUUUGGUGGGAAAAAAGCUAAAGAGGAAUGGUUCAAUCAAGGAAAGAAGAAUGGCGAUUUGGACAGGAAUUUUGAUACACUUGAUUUGCCUAAGCGGUCUGAAGCAGCAAAAG